AUGCACUACUUCAUGUCAGCAGAUACACAGAACGGGCCAUACCUCCUACAGCUAACGGAUCUCCAUCAAAGAAAUGUAUUCGUAGACGACGACUGGAACGUCACGUGCUUGAUCGACCUGGAGUGGAUUUCUGCUCUUCCUGUCGAGAUGGUAUCGGUACCGUACUGGAUCACAACCUGCAGCAUCGAUGGUAUCAUUGACGAUGAGUACGACACCUUUGACAAGGCACGACGGGCGUUUCUGGCCAUCAUGGACGAGGAGGCCGCAAAUAUCCCCGCACAACAACAACACAAUGUCAAGAUCACGAGCGCAAUGCGAUGUGCUUGGGAAUCGAAAGGGGUGUGGUUCUGGGCAUGUCUGCGCUCCAUCAAUGCCUGGCUAUUUGUGUUUGAAGACCACAUUCUUCCAAAGUUUUCCACCGACAGAGGGUUAAUUGCCGAUGUAAGGCAAGUCUCGACGUUUUGGCAAGAAAACAUAAAGGUAGACACAAUUGUGGAGGCCAAGGUGGAUGACGAAGAACGGUAUCAGGCGGAGUUCCGGUCUCUUUUUGAUAGCGAGAAAGCUUGA